AUGAAGCCGCGGGCCAAGUUGCGAUAUCCGCUCGUCCUCGCCGUCGUACUCACGCUUCUGUGCGCGGCUACUCUGCUAUAUCUCGUUGCCGUGGUAGAGUUUUCUCUGCAACCCGACGCGCCGGGGACCAACGUGACCGGAUCCCACCGACCGGUCUACGCCAUUGCUCACCGUGUGCUCACGAGGCGGCAAAUCAGCCAGGCACUGCGGCAGGGAGCAAACGCACUGGAGGUCGACGUGACGGCGUGGAAGGACGGCUGGUUCGGCGACCACGACGGGGUCUGGGAAAGAGUAGGCGACCCCGUCGAGGUGCUCUUCCGAGCCGUGGCUGGGCAUCGCCAGACGGGACGCGACGUUGCCUUUGUCUGGCUGGACAUUAAAGACCCGGACUGGUGCGAUCCGCAGGAUGACGCGUGGCAGAACUGCUCCGUUGCCGCGCUGCAGGAGCACGCACGCCAGAUCCUGGAGCCGGCCGGCGUUCGUGUGCUGUACGGUUUCGCCGGGGACACGGCCGAGGGUGUCGGGUACGGCUUCAUCUCGCGCCAUGUCGACGGGAACGAAGCGGUAAACUUGGACGGGGAUGGGCGACAGCUCCGGGAGCGGUUUCGGAACAGCAGCAUCACAGACGUGUCGCGACGGGUCCUGUCGUACGGCAGCUCCUCGGUGACGUGGAAGUUUGGAAACUGCUACGAGGACGAGCACUAUACCUGCACGGUGCUUCGCCAGGCCGUCGAGUCGGGCGAGUUUGGGCGAGUCUUUGCCUGGACGCUGCACGCCGGGGCCAAGAGGAGUGCGGUGGACUUUUUGUUUGGCAGUGCCGGCAUUGACGGCGUCAUAUACGGAUCCGAGGACGACGCGUUCCGAGACGACUUGGAUACUCGUGCGGUAUAUCAAGACAUCCGGGACUGGGUGGAGGCGAAUAGGCACGGGCGGUACUGGGCAAGCGCAAACGAUAGUCCGUGGUAG